UAUAAAUACACUUUACAGGUCUCAUUUUACUAAUUUUUUACCUUAACUGAGGAACUUCUUUGAUACUUUUGAUUUCAUCUUUUACAAUGUUUAACAGAAUGGUUCUGACUGCAAAGACACUGUUGGUCCUCUGCAUGCUCAUUGGAGGCUUACAGGCUUUUCCCUCUCGUAUCACCACAGAAGAUCAAAAAGCUGAUGGGAGUUUUGAGAGAGUAAGACGAGAAACUCAUGCAACUUCAUUGAAUAAAACACAUGAUUUUUCUGUGGUACCACAGGUCUUGGAUGUUACUCCACCAGUGUGUCGUCUGUUAAAUGAGAGUUUGUAUUGUCCUAUUCCUUGUGGAAAUGCAAUCUGGGAAGCGAGUUAUAUCAUGUCAGAUGGCAAUGGUUCGGGAAUCGAUUACCCUUCCGUUACCACAACUGGUUCUGGUCAGCUUAAUGUUACAGCAGAUACAACUACUGAUGAAAAUGGAUAUAUUACAACUCUCCUUACAUGCCGUGGCUCCUGCUGCCUCAAUGAUGUGGAAAUUACUGUGAUUGACAAGGCAGGAAAUAAAGGAAAAUGCCCAUUUAAUAUGCGUUACCCUUUAACUACACUCACACCAAUGACUACAUCCAGUAGCCCCACCUUAACUAUCUCUACUGGGUCGAGCUUAAUACUGUUAACAAUAAAGGCCAUGCUUUUCUGAGAUUUUUCAUGCUCAACACAUUCAGUCAAAUAAUACUUACUUAGUUUUUAUGAUUUUAUAUAGUUUAUUUUUGUUGUUGUGAAGCUUGGAGAAAAAUCUCCCACCAUAGUUUAACUAUACAUAUGCUGAGUGACCACAAAACCAGUCUUAAGUCACACAGGUAUAUUUAUAGACAAUACAUUGUAUGGGUUAAAAUUAUAUUUUUUUUGUGCAAAAAAUCAUUAGGAUAUUCAGCAAAGAUCACGUUCCAGAUAUUUUGUAAUAUAUCAAAACGAGUGGAUGCAGUAAGGACUUUAUUUGGACAACUUUUUAAUAAAUUAACGCAGCAAAGAAUUUUUUUACAGCGCAAAUCCAUUUUUAAAAAAUUUACCCUUAUGAUUGGUUUUGUGGUCCAGGCCAGGGUCAUAUAUAAAAAUCUGACUGAUGCUUUACUGCAUUUUAUUUGCUGCAUAUUAUUGCUGCUUCAUUUAUUUGAACUUUUUAAUAUUAACUUUAUGAAGCAUCAGUUUAAGUGUUAAUUCAUAAAAUGGUUAUGAUGAAGUAUUAUUGUGACAUUAUUUGAAAGAUUAUUAUAGUACUCAGAUCCUAAAGCUAUUUCUUUUAAAGAUGUGGAUCACGGCGAACACUUAAUGCAUGCUGUAACAUUUUUAUGUCACAACUGACAAAGACUUUAAAAAAUCUAAUAGUUUAAUAAAAGGUACAAAUUAGAUGUUUUGCAAUGGAAACUAAAGAUUUACGUACCACUUUCUGCUUAAGAGAUAUCAAGCGGUGUUAGACUUAUUUACUAAUUGUAAAAUUUUGCAGGAAUUUACUACAGCUCAUUGUAAUUUCUGAAUAUCCAUAUGUAACAAGAUUCAUAACCAAUGCAAUUUUUAGGAACAUGAGACAAAUAAAAGUGUGUGCAAAAG